CAAGGGUUCACCGGCCCGGCCGGGUUGUUUCGCCGGAGAACAUCUCAAUUGGCACAUGAGGGCGAGGGCGUGGAGUCCGUCGUCUUGGAUCCCUAGACUAUCCUCGUUACGCAUCUUUCUUGGCAUCUUUCAAGAGAGGCCGGGUAUAGGCCGGGCUAUGGUAUGCAACACUUGGCGGCACAACGCAGACCUGCGGCAGGGUUGCCUAUAAGCCAGGCGCCCGGCAACUAGUCAACGCCCAACAGUUUGGUGCAGGGAGAGCUGCAGACGGGUCGUCUUCUGGGGGAUUGUGGGGGUAGUGUGUAAUAUGACGGCACCCCGACCAGGAUCAGGGUGUAGGUUAUGUUGCCGUUUUACUCCCACUACGGGGGCAGGGGGUAGGAUGUUGAGCUAACCCCCCAUAGUGCUCUGCUAGCACCGUAGUUUCCCCCCUGCCUUUUAUAGUGACAGUUGCCUAUGCUUAUGCUGUGUUAUGAAUGUGCCCACUAGACCACUUGCCCUGGAAAGGGAUCGCCUAGAAAGUGCGGAAGCUUGGCGCCUGCGAUACUCAAGGUAGGCCACUCCGCACUACAGGCAUGCCCUGCAGGCAAGAAAUUGUCUACCUACCAGGCGUUUUGAGAGCUUGCAGGAACUGAACUUGGCAGGUUCGUAACGGCGAAUGACGGGCGUACUUUCUGAAUAUAGUAUUGUGAUGAUCCCUUAUACGGGUCUAUAAUUAUGGCAUACCUGCACCUCAAUGUGGAGGUGGGUAUAAUGAUAUGACCCUGCUUCAGCAGGGGUCGCAGUGAUCUCGAAAAUGUGUACCAUACUUCUCGUGUCAUAUGUCAAAGCUGUUCUCUAGUGCUCUUCGGAAUGUACGAGGUCUAACCGCCAGAAAACUAUUCAAUACAUUUUUGUAUUCUCUAUUUCCAUGUGUAUGUAUAUGUGUAGUUAUCUUUUGUUUGUAAAAAUAAAAGAAAGCAGACUUAUUUUUCUCAGGAAGGAGGAACACUACCGCCCGACGUUACAGUCUUUACUGAUGUUAUCUGGUUAAACUAAAAGUCUAUUCCUACAUUUGCCAAUUUUGGUAUAGAACUGGUGACUGUAAGCGAAGGCCCGUCCGUCGUCAACAAUCGCACCCUCGUCGCUCCCUAGCUGCCCAAGUCCAGCGCGUGACCGCGUGACGCUUAUCCACACAGAUCACAGAUGGCUGUCUCGGCGCCCCCCGUGAUGUUGAGCCUGAGCGUGUCCAAACCCUUGGUGAUCAUGGAGCCACAACGUCGCCGUUCGCCGGCUGCGCCGACCCUUCCUGCUUGCUGGGAUGUGGAGGCUCCCCGCUGCUCUGACGUUGCCCGAUGCUGGGCCCAGUUGGUGCAGCUGCCUGCCAUGCGAACCUCGGCCGUGCUCGACCGCUCAGACUCCCAGGAGGCCGCGACGUCGGGUCUGACCGCUCCCGGGUCGGCCGCGACCACCGCAGACAGCUCCCACACCGUGCACUGCGGGCCGUAUCGCGUGGAGCACGGGGUGAAGACAAACAGAAAGAAAUUGAUCUUCCUCGUUCAUCGUAAUGCAUAGCCCUUCUGUCUCUACCGCGGCUCCGGCGGGUGACGGUUACAGGGGAAGAGGCCAGGGCCAACAGGGGUCGUGCAGCCGGCCUCGGCCCAGCAGCGGCGCGCGCACUGGAAGCUGGCCGACCACUGCUCCACCCUGCUGCGCCCGGCCGCCCACACCGUGCCCAAGCUGCCCUCCUUCCUCGGCCGCUUCCUGUGGCUGCAGCGCCAGGCUGACCGCAGGCCCUCGGCGGAGGAGGUCAAGGAGGUGUCGCGAUGCUUCCAAGGUCGUGGACGCGACUAGGGCCGCGCUCGGUGGCGGCUGGCGGUGGCGGCGAUCUCGCUGGCCGUGUUUCUGGUGACGGAGGACCUCCCCCACGGCCUUGCAGGCAUGCUGAGCGGCCGCGCGAGGCGGAGCAGGAUGGAGGUGGUGCAGCUGCCGGAGGGGCUGCUCCAGCUGCGCUGGCUCGACUCCUGGACGCGGCGCCUGGUAGUCAGGAAGCUGGAGAACUUCAUGCGGUGAGGAACACGACACGCGCCAGUUCGACCCCCACUACGUCGACGGCACCCGCCUGGACGACGGACUCUGCUAGCCGCAGAUCGCGCCGGGUGAUGGCCGUGUCGCUGGAGAACGCCAUGAUGGAGAGGCGAGAGGGAGCGCGAGUGCUGCGAGCUCUGGUGGCGCACUCGACGGACUGCCUGGCCGAGCUAAACCUCUGGUGUGCCUUCCAGGUCGGACACAGCCCGAUGCUCGGGGGUGCCAAGGAGUCGGAGUUCGUACGCGUCCUGUCGCUGCUGCGCGCCCUCAAGGUGCUGGCCAUCAACUACGCCUACCUGGCCGACAACACGGGCACGGCGCUGUUGGGGCUGCUGGCCGUGACGAAUGGUACGUGAGACAUUCCAAACUAGAUUUAUUUAAAUAAAAGUGACCCCUCGGGAAAAAUUAUUUUUUUUCCCCUAAAAAUAGUCCAUAUCAAGAAACGUUCUCCUGAUUUUUUGGAGCGCUGUAGCUCAAACGGUUCAGAAGUUAUGGGCAUUUGAA